AUGACGACGUAUGCAAAGCUCAUGGAUGACCCGAUAGGAAUUACGAAGAGAAAGAAAAACCCGAAAAUUAGAAUAGGAACAUGGAAUGUUCGAGGAACAUAUAGCGAAGGAAAACUCAAACAAAUAGUUCAAGAAUUACAAAGGUAUAAUAUAGAUGUAGCAGCUAUACAAGAGACGAAACAAAAAGGCAAAUUCAUCACUGAAAUAGACAACUACAUAUUAUUUAAUAGCGGAAUUGACAACAGAGAACUAGGAACAGCAUUCAUGGUGAAGAAGAGCCUGAAAGGAGCAGUAAGUACGUUCAAACCAAUCUCAGAAAGAAUGAGCUAUAUAAGAUUGAGAAGUAAGUACAGGAAAAUAAGCCUACUAAAUAUACAUGCACCGACUGAAGAGAAAGAUCUAGAAGUAAAAACAGAAUAUUACGAAGAACUAGAAAGAGAAUAUGUGAAAAUACCAAAGCAUGACAUUAAAAUCGUUAUAGGAGUCGCCAACGCAAUGAUAGGUAAAGAGAAUUGCUACAGGCCAACAAUCGGGAAAGAAAGCAAACACCAAAAAACGAAUCAAAAUGGAGAAAAAUUGAGAGAGUUUGCAGAAGAAAACAAAAUGGUAGUCAAAAGCACCUUCUUUGCGCAGAAAGAGAUCUACAAAGGCACAUGGAUGUCGCCUGACGGAAAAACGGUCAACCAAAUAGACCAUAUACUGGUAGAAAGGAGAGAUGCCCAACUAAUAACCAGAUUAAGAAGCUACAGGGGAGCAGAAGCGAAUUCAGACCACUUUCUAGUAAGAGCAGACCUCAAACAAGAAAUACCGAAGAAAAAAGAAGGAAAGAAGACACAACGUGAUAUAAAUGUAAACAAACUUAAGAAAGCUGAAGUACAACAGGAAUAUGAACAAAAGAUGAAUGAGAGAAUAAGAUCAACAGAGCAAGACAUACCUAUAGAAGAGAGGUGGGAAGAACUACAAGAGAACAUAUGGAAGACCUCGGAAGAAGUACUAGGGUUCGUCAAAAAAUACAACAAAAAUAGAAACGAAUGGUUUGACGAGGAAUGUAGAAAAGCAAUAGAAGCGGGGAAGUCAGCCAGACAGAAAUAUCUAAAAUCAAAAUAUGAGAAGAACCAAAAAGAUUACCAAGAAAAAAGGAAAGAGUACAAGAAGAUAUGCAGAAAUAAGAAACGAGCAAAAAUGGAAGAACAAAUACGACAGAUAGAAGAAAACUUCAACAAGAAUGAAAUAAGGAACUUCUACCAGGACGUGAAAAAAGAGAAAAGAGGCUAUCAACCACGAGUAAUAUAUUGUAAAGACAAGGACGGCAACCUGAUAGAAGACGAAGAAGCAAGAAUAAAACGAUGGGCAGAAUACUUUGAAGAACUGCUAAACGAACAGGAUACACAGCAAGAUACGAACGAAAGAGUGAACGACUCGGAUGACCCAGAUGAAACAAUAGAAAUUAACGAAGGAGAGAUCAGAGAAACACUAAUGCAGAUGAAAAACAACAAAAGUCCUGGUAGAAACGGAAUAAAGGGCGAGAUGCUAAAGUACGGAGGAGAAGCAGUAGCAUCAGAGAUACAUUGA